GAUGUCACUGUAGAUUCUAGACUUGCGGAUGCCGAAUCCAUCACUUGAAGAAUAAACGUUGAAGAGUACGCGGUGCUUGCUGCGCAGAAGACGCUCAGCUUACGUCUUCCUGCGUGUUUUCACGAUGCGUGUCGUCGCAGCCACACCUAUCCGAAGUCUCGAUCAUGCGAAGGCUAAGUGCGUGGCCUCCGGCGUGCAUGCGCUUCCGAUCGCUCCACGGCCGCAGGUCCUAGCGGCUGCACCCAGCAAUAACUCGAUGUCAUGUGCCUCGGCUUCCGAUUGGAAGCGUACGUCAUACAGUCGUCGAUCACAUACAGCCAAGCUCCUCGCCAUGCACUACACAACAAUGAGGCACUCCUCGUUUGCGCAGGCAAUACCAGGGGAGCAACGCAAGCCAGGGAUGCUUCCAGGCUGGCGAGUGCAGUUCACCGCACUGAUAUCAUACAAUGGACGCGACGUAAAGCGUUUGGACCGUGCCCAAGUCAAAGCUAGACUGAGAAACGUUUGGCCGUUGGAUCGAUCGAACGAUGGAACACUUCGUUACCAUGAAGCGAAUGUCAAUUGCGAAGCCUGAAAGAAUCGGAUGUCGUGCAUUCUACUGCUCAUGAUACUGUUGAGUCCGCUUGUCGUCGCUGCUGUUGCAU